CAUGAUUGGACACAGCAAAAAGACCCAGAAUUCAAAGACAUGUCCAAAUAAACAUCGGCGGUCUUGACGUUUCCAUGGUAACUAAGAGACGCAACGUCACUUGUUGGCGUCGACAUGAUUGGCUAACCACACAUUCGUGUCUAGAAAAAGAGUAUAUAGAGGGCGAUCAUUCGGCAAAUCUGCGGCACUUUCUCUUCUCUUUGCUUCUGUUUAACUCUUGUGGAGUUGGACAGACGGCAAAAUGAUAGCUGCACUGCUCUUCGCUCUGGUGGUCCUCCAUUCUCCAAUCUUCAGUGUCGGUGUUGUUGGUUUCGCCAUACCCAUACGAUCGUUUUUCAGGAACGCCGACAAUGAUGCCUCGCCUGCGAUCCCAACUUCUGACGAAGAGGACAACUUAGGACCGCCUUUCAACAGUCUCUGCGCUUCACUGUCGUCUGCCGCGAAUAGGCGGGGAAAAGAAGGGCAGAAACUGGGCAUCAACAGCUUCAUGCUGUCUUUCUUCUGCCGACAGCGGAAAACGCGAUCUGAUGACCAGGUGCUGGCGGUCCCGUGUAAUGGCUCCAAGAGUCAGCACACUGACCUGCAGAUCCAGGGUGCUCGUUUCUUGUACAGCUGCCAGUUUCAGUUCGCGAUGCGGGAGGCAGCGGUGGUGCAGCGCGGGGAACUGGUCCUGAAGUUUCCCGCCGGGAACAGACACAUCCCGCCCUGGCUGUUCCUGGUGCCGGAUUUACACGGGCCAAUGGUCCGCGCUGCAUUCAAAAGAACUAUAGAAGAGGGUGAGGUCUAUGACGCUACAGAGACUAUCCGACAAUGGUCCAAACAGCCCUUUUCACCAAGGGCAUUUGAUAUCUGGCAACCUUGCGUCACCAAUGGAAUAACGCUGUGUUCCGGAAGCGAGGACCCCUCCCAGGCCUGGCAACUCCCGUUCCUGGCGAUGUACUACCGGAAAAGGGAACCAGACGACGUCAUCACCUAUCAGGACAUCCUGUUCCAGUUCACGGAGGACCCGGAGCAGUACCAGCCCAGGGACCGGAUGGUGAAGGCACAGCGUCCCAUGGAGAUAGUCAUAGUGAAUGGCGAGGUCAGUGCUGCACCAGAGGAUACAGAUGAUGAAGUACCGGAUGACCAGCUGCGUCAGGAAGAAGACGACGGGCUCCUGUCGACGCUGUGGAACAUCUCCCGGUCCGACAGCUCCAACCCUGCCCGUGCCGACAGCGCGCUGAUGGCGACCUACCUGAUGGACAGGCUCAACACCACCAAACAGCUGGAGAACUUCACUUUCUUCGUCAUCCCGUGUACACAUCAAGUGGUAAUUUCUGGCGCUCUACCAGCAGUGCGUUGCAGGUUGAAGUUGCCUGACUGGGGGUGGGCCUCCGAAGCCGUCCUGGUCGUCGGCGACGGCCCGAACCAAAGUGUCAAUAUCUUAGACUUGGAGAGGUCUGGGCACGUCAGCGCUAUCAUGGGAGUGAACUACCUGGUCCCGCUGAAGCACACAACCGUCAACAGGACAUCCGUGUUGGAGGGAGACGUGCUGAGGAUCAUCAGACGUUGGGCACGAAGUGGGCGAAAGACGGGGAGGGUUCUCAUCGAGUACUCGUCGACGUCAGAGGGACCGUGGCAGGAGAGCGGCAACGGGGGAGGGGAGAAGGGCGAGGGAGUCCCGUUCGGCUCCGUCUUCGUGUUCCUGAAGAUCAGCAAAAGGGCGCAGCAGGCUGACCCGUUCCGGUGGAGGAUGGACGCGAUCAAGAGGAACGAGAUGGGCUCAGGUCAUCAGGAUACCGGGAACGAGCCUGACAACGACACUGACGUCACUGACCUGGGGAUGAGGGAGUGGAGUAACGCUAGUGACGUCAUGACUGACGUGACCGCGACUCCUGUAGUGACCAGCCUCCUGGCUCCGGAAGACGCCUGCCAGCGGCCCGGCUUCCCCUGCCCGGCCCCAACUUCCCUCACCGUCCGCCGGACUGACCAGGGGACUGACCACGUCAGGGAGUACCUCAUAGAGCUGCUGAAGAAAGGCGGGAACCAGACUCCUCAGAUGUGGGUGAUUGCCUGCAGCGUCAUGGCAGCGUACCUGGAUGGCAUGGUCUGCAACAUCACCCUGGACGGGGCUCCCGUGCGGCCCAAAAGGGUCGACCUGCACCUCAACUUCAGCCUGUCCCCGCCGGACAACACCUCGUCUUCGCUGGAGGUGGACGUCUUCCACUGUGACGGCAUCACCGUGACCAAAGUGGCCAUCCUGCGGGAGGCCGGCGCGCACGUCCUGUCGGUCACCAGGGUCACCGACAACUGGAUGGACGACGCGGAGUGCAUCAAGGGAUUCUUCUUCCGCCCGAUCUGCUUCGACCGUUCCGCCAUGAUGGUCGCGUGCGAGGAGACGGUCCAGUUCGACAACGUCCCGUUCAUCGUGGUCUUCCCCAAGGACAGUUCUGGAUAAAUCUGUACCUGUCGGACUUGCAAUGC